GGCAGUAUGCCAGACUCACUGCCCAGCAUGGCCGUGCAGAAGAAACAAAUUGUUAUCCCUCCACCGAGGGGUCCACUUUCUGUCUAUACCAUAGACAGCCAGAAGAAGAAAAAUGGCUCUAAAACAACAGCAGAGAGAGGCAAUGAUGUAAAACCAAAUCCACAGACAAAGAAAACAGUGUGUUCUCCCUCUGUCGUCAAAUCUGCACAAAUGUGCAACACCACUGGUCCUCGGAUCACUGCAGGGGCCAGUGGAACCAACAUAGAUGAGAGGUUGAGGUUAGCACGAAAGAGGAGAGAGGAGCAUGAGAAGGUACUCGCUUCUCGAGAGCUGAGCAGGUUGGAGCGGGAACAGCGUGCCAAGAGGUACCAUGAGCAGCAGCUGGAGGAACGCAAGAAGAGGCUCCUGGAGCAGAGGAUGAAAGAGGAGAGGAGGCGAUCUGCCGUUGAACAGAAGCGCAAACAAAAACUCGAGGAGGAGAUAGAGCGAUAUGAAUUGGCAGUGCGCAAGACCCAGGAGAAGAGCGAGAGGGCUCUGCAGGGCCUCCUUCAGAAUGCAAGAGGAAGGAAGCCAGCCAAGAACAAUGUUCCACGCCGCUUACCACUGACCACAUGGGAGAAGAAUUUGGUCAGUCGCCUCCUAACCCCCACCUGCUCUUAUUUGGCCAGGAGCAAGAGUGCUGCUUGUUAUUCAGGAGAAGAAGUUGUCCAUGUUUGUCGCCGUUCAGUUUCAUGUCACUCCAUGAAUACCACCACCCCUCACAAACCUCAGCAUCACCCUGGUCCAGCUCAUCACAGGACUUCUGCCUCUCCCAGCCCCAGCAACAGCAGCCACAGAAGUAUCAGUCUGUCUCAGACUAAACCAGGAAAACGGCAAGACGGCAGUAAUGUCAACAAGAAAAACACCACCACCACCACCAAGAACAAAAUUAACAGUAAAUCCCCCAUCACCAACGCUAGAGUGAAACCAGCUCAAAAAACCCAGAGCAGAACGGGGCCCCCCUCACCAGAACGGACUCCUAGAAAACCAGUCAGCCGGCAUGCCACACCUCUGCAACUGGAACUCCCAUCAGUCCCUGAGGAGCCCCCUGCUUGUUGCCGUGACCCCUCCCCAGUCGCUGCCAGCCCCUCCAGGACGCUGCCAUCCAAAGUUCGGAGAGUUGAGACGAAGGACACGAGCCCGACACAGACUCCACGCCCGGGCUCAGCGGGCUCUCAUAGGGAAACUGUCACCAGAACAGAGCCAAACAGAAGCUCCUUCCAGAUACCUGCCCCUGCCGCUCGCCAGUCUCCAGUUGCCACCAACAGGCCCUCAGCUGGGACGACAGACCCAGAGGAGGCCUCACGUCUCCUGGCUGAGAAGAGGAGACAGGCCCGCCUACAGCGGGAGAAAGAGGAGCAAGAACGCCUGCAGAGAGAGGAGAAAGAGGCGCGGAGUCGCGAGGAAUUGGAGCGCAGGAGGGUGGAGGAGCAAGAGCGGUUAGAGGCCGAGGCUCAGCGUCUGGUAGAGGAGAAGAGGAGGAGGGAGGAAGAGGAGCAGAGACGAGCUGAGGAAGAGCGAGCUCAGGCCAUGAGGGAGGCUGCGCUCCUUCAGAAACAGAGAGAUGAGGAGCAGGCCAAAGAAAGGGAGAAGGAAGAACAAAUGAAGCAAGAGAGGGAGCUGCUCGUCCAGAAAGAGGAGGCGGAGCGCCAAGCAAGGAAAAAGCGACUUGAGGAGAUCAUGCGGCGAACAAGGAGGUCUGAUCCCACGGAUAGGAAGUCUGUGCCAGUGAGGAUCCUGCCAAAGGAAACCGAGCCAAAGGAAAACACUGAGCCUGCGCAGAAUGGUGCCAUAGAGGAGGCUGAUAAACUCCUGGUGGGGUCCAAACCUUCUCAGCUGGGGUUGAACGGCGUGGAGGACAUGGUUCCUGUUGUGGCCUUCAAGGAGCGCAGGUCCCUCAGAGCUCUUGCAGGCCUGGAGGAGAUUCAGACACACCAACGAGCAGAAGUCAUCUGAGCACCUUGAAAGCAGGCAAACCUCUGAAGGAGCUGGUAUUUCCUUGGGAAACAGGAAUUACUGCAGAAGACCGACUUUCCUGCCCUGCACUUCGAAAGCGCAUGUAUAAUAACUAUUUAAUCCUUGACUUCUAGGUAGGAUAUCGAUAUUUGCUUACCUUUUUCUGCUUUAGCAGUGCCACAAAUAUCUACACCAAGUUGCAGUAUACUUCAUUCAGCACAGCUAGAGUCAGAAAUGUACAGUAGA